GGGCAGAUGUGAGUACCUGGAGGGGGAUAUCCAUGGCUGAGUCUGCUUGCCUGCCUCCAAGCGAGCCUUCCUGUGUGUUUAUUUCUUUUUGUGUGUGUUCAUGCCUUUGAGCUUUUGGAUGUUUCUGUGUUUGUUUACGGAUACCUCUCUGAGUUGGACAGCAGUGACUUUGUAAGUUGCUGCGUGAGCGCGCGCGAAGUGCAUGUUGGUGCGCUGGAAGGGUGUGUCUCAGUGUCUGUGGCUGUGGUUCGGUAUAAGUCUGAGCUUGUCUGUGAGGAUGCAUUUGUGCCAGUAUGUGUGUGUCUUGGUGGGCAUUCUCUCAAUUCCGAAAGUGGUAGAGUAUUCGGAUGCUGCUCUCUGCGCUGAGACCUCUACUACCCAAGGCAGAUAAGUAGCAGCCACAGAAGAGCCCAAAGCUCCUGAGUUGACUGGCGCGCGAUUGGCCAAAAGUUGCCGCACGUCACGGGGAAGGCAGUUCCCCUAAAGUCCAGUGCACAUAACGGGCAGAGCGCACUCCGAAGCGACUUCUCCACAGCGCGGGCUGCAGUGACCGGCUGCGCUAGGUCAGAGCACCUCACAAGCUGAGUGGGCAGGACGCGCCCCCACCGCACCCACCCUACGGCUGCUGAAUGAGGCUUCCAGGGGUCCACUCGCUGCCUGCAGCGCCCCGCCGGAGGUGCGCCCGUUGAGGCGCGGCCAGUGAGCAGGCAGCCUGUGCGCUCACCUGCCAGCCUGCGCGCCAUGGGGCAACCCGGGAACGGCAGCGACUUCUUGCUUGCAUCCAAUGGAAGCCAUGCGCCGGACCACAAUGUCACGCAGGAAAGGGACGAGGCGUGGGUGGUGGGCAUGGCCAUCGUCAUGUCGCUCAUCGUCCUAGCCAUCGUGUUUGGCAACGUGCUGGUCAUCACAGCCAUUGCCAAGUUCGAGCGAUUGCAGACGGUCACCAACUACUUCAUCACCUCACUGGCCUGCGCUGACCUCGUCAUGGGCCUAGCGGUGGUACCGUUUGGGGCCAGCCACAUCCUCAUGAAAAUGUGGACUUUUGGCAACUUCUGGUGUGAGUUUUGGACUUCUAUUGAUGUGUUGUGCGUCACCGCCAGCAUUGAGACCCUGUGUGUGAUAGCAGUGGAUCGCUACUUUGCCAUCACAUCUCCCUUCAAGUACCAGAGCCUGCUGACCAAGAAUAAGGCCCGGGUGGUCAUUUUGAUGGUAUGGAUUGUGUCGGGCCUUACCUCCUUCUUGCCCAUCCAAAUGCACUGGUACCGGGCCACCCAUCAGGAAGCCAUCAGAUGCUAUGGCAACGAGACCUGCUGUGACUUCUUCACGAACCAAGCCUAUGCCAUUGCUUCCUCCAUAGUGUCUUUCUACUUGCCCCUGGUGGUCAUGGUCUUUGUCUAUUCCAGGGUCUUCCAGGUGGCUAAAAGGCAGCUCCAGAAAAUUGACAAAUCUGAGGGGCGAUUUCACGCCCAAAAUCUCAGUCAGAUGGAGCAGGAUGGGCGUGGUGGGCAUGGUCUUCGCAGGUCCUCCAAGUUCUGCUUGAAGGAGCACAAAGCUCUUAAGACCUUGGGCAUCAUCAUGGGCACUUUUACCCUCUGCUGGCUGCCCUUCUUCAUUGUGAACAUUGUGCAUGUGAUCAAGGACAACCUCAUCCCUAAGGAAGUUUACAUCCUCCUAAACUGGGUGGGCUAUGUCAAUUCAGCUUUCAAUCCUCUUAUCUACUGCCGGAGCCCAGAUUUCAGGAUUGCCUUCCAGGAGCUUCUGUGCCUACGCAGGUCUUCUCUAAAGGCCUAUGGGAAUGGCUACUCCAGCAAUGGCAAAUCGGAGUACACAGAGGAGCAGAGUGGAUAUCACCUGGGGCAGGAGAAAGAAAGCAAACUGCUGUGUGAGGAGCCCCCAGGCACGGAAGACUUUGUAAACUGUCAAGGUACUGUGCCUAGCGAUAGCAUUGAUUCACAAGGGAGGAAUUGUAGUACAAAUGACUCACUGCUGUAAUGCAGUUUGUUUUUCUUUUUUACUUUUUAAGACCCCCCCCAACAGAACACUAAGCAGACUAUUUAACUUGAGUGUAAUAAAUUUAGCAAAAAAAUUGUAUAGAGAUUUGCAGGAGGAGAUAUCCCUCUGCCUUUUUUUUUUAUUUUUUUAAGCUGUAAAAAAGAGAAGAUGUGUUUGAGUGAAUAUUUGUUUCUUGUACAGUUCAGUUCCUCUUUGUGUGGAACUUCUAAGUUUAUGUCUGAAGGGCGUUAGUCCUAGGACCCGGGUCUGUAUGUUUUGAUGACUUUUCCAUGUAUCUACCUCAUUGUUCAAGUAUUAGGGUUAUUAUAUUGCUGCUGGUAAUUUGUAUCUGAAGGAGAUUUUCCUUCCUGCACCCUUGGACUUGAGAAUCCUGAAUAUCUCGGACCUUUCAGCUGUGAACAUGGACUCUCCCUCGCUCCUCUUAUUUGCUCAAAUGGAGUGUUGUAGGCAGGGAUUUGAGGGACAGCUUUGUUUUCCUGAGCAAAGUCUAAAGUUUACAGUAAAUAAAUUGUUUGACCAUGA